AUGAAUGUCACGGUGGCGCAGCUCGCUGCACUGCAGCAGCAGCAGGACCGCAUCCGCAACAUGUGCAUCAUGGCGCACGUCGAUCACGGAAAGACAACGCUGUCGGACCAUUUGAUAGCAUCGAACGGCCUCAUCCACCCGAAAAUGGUGGGAGAGCUGCGCUACCUCGACAGCCGCGAUGACGAGCAGUCUCGUGGCAUCACCAUCAAGUCGUCCUCCAUCAGCCUGCUCUACGUGCCAGGCGCAGUACACCGGCCGGAGGGCCCGCGGUCCAUCACGCCCGAGGAGAAGCUGUCGGGCGGCUUCCUGGUCAACCUCAUCGACUCGCCCGGCCACGUGGACUUCUGCAGCGAGGUUUCUACUGCGGCGCGGCUGUCUGACGGGGCGCUGGUGCUGGUGGACGCGGUGGAGGGGGUGUGCAUCCAGACGCACGCGGUGCUGCGGCAGGCCUGGGAGGAGAAGAUGAGGGGGUAG